GUUUUACAAUGGCGGCUGAAAGCUGAAACAGAACGCAGUAAAAUGACCUCAAGAACUCGAAAGCGUCCAUCUUCAGCUAGACGCAAUAUCCAGAUAGAAACAUUCUCUCCAUUUGUUAGUGGAGGAAGAUUGAGACUGGUACAAAGUCAACUACACAACAGAAGUACUGAUGAUGCUGAUGCUAUUUUAUGUAUAAGUGGCAUUGAUAGCAGAUACAACGAAGGAACUACAGAGCUGUUUAAUUAUCUUCUUUUUGGAUUUUUUGAACUACGAAAGAAAGAACUGGAAAAGUCAGGAUUUGAAGAGGAGAUUAUAGAUGAUAUUAUUAUCCUGAUCAAGAGAAAUGAAGUACAUGUGUACUGUAAUCCAAUCAACUACCAUUAUUUGUUACCUUAUGUUAGUCAUUGGAGAAAUAUCAGAUUUCACUGUAUGACAGAUUCAGAGUAUGAAGAUGAAGAGGCAGCUGAGGAAUUUAAAAUUCAUUCUUUUGUUGCUAUGGUUACCAAUUGUAGAAAGAUUGGAAUUCCUUACAGUACCACAGGCAGUUUACACAGCUUUGACAAGAUGGUUGUAGAAAAGUGGCCAAUCAUACAGGCAUAUGCUUUAGAUGAAUACACAGGAGGAGGUUUUUUCACUAUGAAACAUGAAGUUGUUGAUGUUAGCUCUGCUGUUCAUAAAAUCUUCAAUGAAGUGGAUCCUACAUCUCUUGAACUAUUGAUAACAGAGCAAUUAUCCAUGUUUGAAAGACAGUGGAAAACAAUGUUGAUUACCACGGAUAUGGAAAUGUUAAAUAAUUCCAGACAAAUCCAAGAAGAGAAAGUUUGCGAGGCUUUAAGGAGUUACUACAAACACGGUAAAGUUGGAAGUGAAACUGCAGUAGAUAGACAGACUAAACCAUUUGUGUUGUUUGGGACCAAUACCAAGAAAACUGUAAUGGAAUCAGUUAGAAUAGGAGAAACAACUGUCAAUACACCAUUAAUGAAAGCAGGAGUUGAUGGUGAUAUCCCUAAACUUAUGGUAUGUUAUGGUGUGUGCCCUAAUGGACCAAUCACUUGUGGUAGAACAUAUUUCUUCACAGGAUUCUCAGAUCAAUUGUCAGACAAAUCAGGCGCACCAUCUGAAGAUGAAGAGACAAGGAUGUUAGUUCAAGUCUAUGGAAUUAUGAUUGAUGCUGUGAUACAGGCAAUACAAGUUUAUGUUAAAACUCUUAGUUCACAUUUAGCAAGAGCUGCUGCUGUUGAUAUUGUUUGUGAAGAAUGUCAUAAGUUAGGCAGUCCUAUGAUACAGAAAUAUAUUCAGAGAAGGUCUAAUAUUAUAUUUACAUUAGAAGCUCAUGAUAAUUCAGGACAAUCAUGUCAGUUACCAGAUGGAGAACAUGUAUUGAGAGUUAAGACAGCCAGUAUCAGUUUGACAGAUAUUCCUAGUUAUAGAAAUCCAGCAAAAAUAUUAGGUUCUUUGCUGUACUCUGAUGUGUUCAUAGACUCUGUCAUUCAGGUUCAAAAGGAUGAUGGAACCAUUGCCAGAGAUUAUGAAGUUUUAAAUCUAACUGGACAAAUACCAAAAUACUUGGCUUGGUCGGUAAGGGAUAAAGGGAAAGAUGAGGUAACCAUAUUAGAGGAAAAUCUAAAAAACAUGAAGAAUGAAGGGUAUGGAUCAGUACUGAUUUCUGGAGAAUCUGUUCACGUUGGUAGUCAUAGAAACGUCUGUCAGCCACCAUUAGAAGCAAGUUUAUUUAUGUAUCAACAUAAGAUAGUAUUAUUUUGUCCACAAACCGGUGCAGUGAUAUUAGAUAACAGUAUUAUCAAAUCUCUACAGUUCUUUGAUGAUGACAAUUCUAGAUCAGUUGCCAUAUUACUGAUAGAGAUCAAGAUUACCAUGAAAUCAACAUUACCUUCUUAUUUAGUUUCCAAUGAUAACUUGAUAUUAGUUUCCUUCAAUCCAAAGUCUAAAGCAUAUAAACACAUGUAUUCUGUUGUAUUACCUGAAUGGAGGAAAGAAUCUGAGUUGCCAGAUGUCAUAAAGAUACAGGAACUACCUGAAUGCUUUACUCAAAUACAUGAAGUAUUACAGAAUAUCUACAGCAAUACAACAAAAACCGUGACAGGAUUUAGGAAGGCAACAGCAUCACUACAAAAUAUUGACAGAUUUUUGUAUCAUUUCUCUGCUGGGAGUGCCGGGAAUGUGCCAUUUGAAGAGAAAUAUUUGUCACUGGUAGUAAAUAGGGAGGCUGAAUUGUCUGAGUCCAGUGGAACAUUUGAAGUUCUAUCAUCAGAAACAGAUCAGAUUAUCAUUAACAUUAUAGCUGGUAUUGAUGGAAGCCAUAAAGAAAAUCUUUGUAAUACUCUAGUCAAAAUCACCAAAGAUAGAUAUAGUUGGACAGUUUUACAGCAAGAUUUAUCACAGUCCACACCAUUCAUACCUCAGCAGCUUAACCAAUCACUGAAAAGUCUGUCAUUAGCACAUAGAAACCGAUCAUCAAUGACAGACCCAAAACACAAGUCUAGAGUUCUCUUAGUAACACCAGGGUCAAUGGAUGUUUAUGAUGUUAUUCUUGCCAUUAAGAAUCAUCCUGACUUACAAGUCAGACAGAAACUUAAUAUUGGUGCUGUCACUGUGUGUAUAGAUCCUAUGCAUUCCUUCAUAACUCAUAGAAUGACAUUUCCAGUGUUGUUAAAUCAAUGUGCUCAAGGUUGGGUCAACUUCAUAUUAUUUACCUCAUCAACAUCAAUUAAUAAUUCAGCAUUAGAUGACCUACAGAAAUUAAUCAGAUCUGUAAACUCAGAUGUAUCAUUCUUUUUAGCAGACAAAGGGGAGAUAACAAGAAGUAUGGAUAUAGAUGCAGUGUUGUCUGAAACAGCCUUUAUGGAAAAGUCAAAAGUCAGAGCUCGACACCUGUUGUAUCCAGGAUGGUCCUUAGGACUUCAAAAGAACUAUCCACCAUCAAUAGUCCUGCAAAACUGUGUGCUCAAAUUUAAAAGACCAUUAGAAAGACAGCUACUUAUCAACAGAUUAAGAGAGUUGAAGUCUUCAUUAAAACCAUAUCCAUUUGAAGGCAAUGUUUACUUUGUUGAUGGUCAGUCCCAGUUUGGUGACUCUUCACAAACAACAGAAGUAAAGUAUGCUACAUUGACUGAUUCCCUAUCUAUUGUCUCUAAUGGACAUAUAGGGUUACAGAAUGGUGAUGGACAUCAUCAAUACUUCAUGUCAUUCACAGGAUGUAAUCUACAAGAGAAAGCCCUGAAAGACUGGCUUAGAGCAUGUGCUAAACAGAUUCCACAGAAGAAAAAGUUGGUAGAGAAAAAAGAUUUAAAGAAAGAGGAAAUAAAGAAAAUUCAUUCACAGCAUCAUUUAGAUCCAUUACCUGCAGGAUGGUUUUAUAAUGGUACACAGUUUGUAAGCUUUGAUGGAGAGAAACAGGACAUUCAUCCUUGCUUAGAAGACUUUAUACAGCAAUAUAUAAACAGCAAAAACAGAGAAGUGGAGAAAUUCAAUUCUAAAGCUGACAUGGAGGCCAGAAUGUUUGUUGAUCUUUUUUCAUGACAAUACUGCUUAAGAUGGCAAAAUGAUAGCUGCAUAAUAAAAGUUGUUUAAAUGAUGACAAUAAUGUACCAAAGUCAGAAUUAUUUCUGUUGAUUUGAAAAAUCUUAAAUUUGAUUUAAUUCUGAUAGCUGUAUAAUAUGAAGCUAUUAUGUUAGGAUUUAAUAAAAGUCACAAACUAUAAAAGUCCUUAAAAAGUCUCUUGAAAUUUUACAUAUCAAAAUACAUUUGACAUUCCAGGGUAUUAAAAGGUAAAAAUUACCUGUAUUGGUUCAGAGAAAAAAGUCGAACAAGGAAUUAUUUGUUGAUAACUAGAAGAUGGCUUGAAAUCUGAAUCUCAAAUAAGACUUUAACAUAUCAAAACAUUCCGUCCAUGACUUGAUUCCAUCCAUUUAUAUAUUUAUAAUCAUUAUACCCCCUUUCUCUAACUAUUGAAGCAGGAGUGUGUAUAGUGUCCAUUGUUUCUCUUUGUAUAUAUCUACGGCCACCCCUAAUCCAGUAAUUGAAUUUUGAAUAAAUCUUUCAGAAAAUCUAAAGUAUCUAUUGAAGUUGUCCAUUUUCUGCUUUAUUUUUUUUUAUCCAAAUGAUUUUUGAGGUUUUCCCAAAACAAAAUAUUGAGUUUGAAAUAUGAACAAAAGGGAAAAGAUAUCAGCUUAGGUUUCUAUGUAGUGUUGUAUGACUUUUUACUUUUAUCUUUUGACCAUGCUGUUGCUUGUCUUUCUUUAACCAAUUUUUGCUUGCCAAGAUAUACCUUUUAACCUUUUUCUCACUUUAAACUAUAAACUGAAUUUCAAUGAGACUUUUAAACAAACUAAAAAAAUCUUAUUGUAGUGUUUUCUUAGUAUUUGAUAUGGAAUAUUUCAUAUUUUUUUUGUUGACAGACAUAACUAAUAUAUUUUUUGGAUCGGUUAAUAUAAAGCACAUGCAAGUACUAACUAAAUGAUUUACCACUGUGUGUGUCUGUAUGAACAGCACCUCUCAUGCAAUUAUUAUUGUGUUACUUGCAUGUUCUCAAUAUUUCCCAAUCACCAAUAUGAGACAAAAUAUGAAAUUUUCAUCAUUUUUUUUUUAAAAAGAAAUAAUCUUAAAGACGAAAUUCUUUGUCCCUUAAUGUACAACACAAAAGAUAUAACUAGUGUAAUUUUUUUUCCCACAUAGGUGUUCUUUUAUAGUUUAAAAAAAUUCCUAUAUGUAUAUAGAAAUAAGAAGAUGUGGUAUGAGUGCCAAUGAGACAACUCUCCAUCCAAGUCAAAAUUUAUAAAAGUAAACCAUUAUAGGUCAAAGUGCAUUCUUCAACACGGAUGCAUAUAUUUGUUUGCAUUGAAUGUAUUUCAUCUUUGUAGUUUUGUGGUGUUUUUCUGAUGUUUAUUUGGCUCAGUAUUUUUUUCAAAAUAUAACUGUUGUUGAUUAUUUACAUGCAAUACUAGCAAGAUGUCACGCUUAUUCUAUUUACAACAGGAAGACAAGAUAUUUAAAUGGGCAUUCAAAAAAAAUUACAGGUUGGCAAAUACAAUAUUAAUUUAAAUCUCCUUUCAGUAUUUUUGUAUUUAAUAUUCAAAUUUUAAGUUAUUUAUAGUUUUUACCAGUUUGAAAAGAAAUUAUUUAUAUUAAAUAUUAUGUUUUAUGUAUUAUAAUUCAAAUCUACAGUUAUUUUAUUACUUUAUACUGAUAAGUUAUUUACUGACUAUGCUAGUUUGGAAAUUUAUGUCUAUAUAUUCAUCAAGUACUCAUAAUUUUCAGCUAUUCUAAAUUAUCAAAAUAUUUGAAAAACAUUCGACAGAAAUUUGCUACAUCAUUGAUGCGUUAGGUAUAUAUGAGUAAAAAUGAAUAAAGAUAUUGAGGUAUAAGGCAAUGGAGGAGUAAUCCAAAAACCCAAUACAACCAGAAAUAGAGCUUUCAACUUUUCAAAUAUCAAAAUGGAAGAUCUCUGACAAAAAUGUUUUGUUGGGAGGCUUACAGUACGUCCAUUUCCAUACUAUUUUUUGGGUGCUUAAUAGCUAUUUGUAAAACCUAUUUUAUCUGAAGAACUAGUGCUAUUGGUAAUUUGUGUCAACUUUUAUCUUUUACAUGAUAACAUUGAAGCAAUUUCACUUACAUGAAACCUUCAUUUAAAAAAAAAAAGUUUUGAGGAUUUGCAAAUGGCAGAUGAUGUUCUUUAAUAGCAACUAAAAAAAAGGACCAGUCAUACUAAAAGAUACAAUGAAACUGAUGUUUUACUCAUAAAAGUCUUAAUUUGCCUCUUGAAUAUAAUAUUGUAAUUAGUGCAGAAAUUGAUUAAAAUUUCUCCCAGAAAAAACAUAGUAGUCAUAUAUUUUUUGAAAUGAUAAAUUGUAAAAAAAGGUUGUUAAGCAUAAUCUAGAAUGUUGUAUGAACAGAAUAGUGAAACGUAAUUACCUUGUUUUGAAACAAGAAUUUUUGUCGAGCCUGCGACUUUUGUCGCAGAAAGCUCGACAUAGGGAUAGUGAUCCGGCGGCGGCGUUAGCUAACUUCUUAAAAGCUUUAUAUUUUAGAAGGUGGAAGGUCUGGAUGCUUCAUACUUUGUAUAUGGAUGCCUCAUGUUACGAAGUUUCCGUCAGUCACAUGUCCAAUGUCCUUGACCUCAUUUUCAUGGUUCAGUGACUACUUGAAAAAAAAGUUCAGAUUUUUUGUAAUGUUAGAUUCUCUCUUAUUAUAAGUAAUAGGAUAACUAUAUUUGGUAUGUGCGUACCUUGCAAGGUCCUCAUGCCCGUCAGACAGUUUUCACUUGACUUCAACCUCAUUUCAUGGAUCAGUGAACAAGGUUAAGUUUUGGUGGGCAAGUCCAUAUCUCAGAUACUAUAAGCAAUAGGUCUUGUAUAUUCGGUGUAUGGAAGGACUGUAAGGUGUACAUGUCCAACUGGCAGGUGUCAUCUGACCUUGACCUCGUUUUCAUGGUUCAGUGGUUAUAGUUAAGUUUUUGUGUUUUGGUCUGUUUUUCUUAUACUGUUUGCCAUAGGUCUACUAUAUUUGGUGUAUGGAAUGAUUGUAAGGUGUACAUGUCUAGCGGGCAGGUGUCAUCUGACCUUGACCUCAUUUUCAUGGUUCAGUGGUCAAAGUUAAGUUUUUGAGUUUUGGUCUUUUUUUCUAAUACUAUAUGCAAUAGUUCAACUAUAUUUGGUAUGUGCGUACCAUGCAAGGUCCUCAUGCCCGUCAGACAGUUUUCACUUGACCUCAACCUCAUUUCAUGGAUCAGUGAACAAGGUUAAGUUUUGGUGGUCAAGUCCAUAUCUCAGAUACUAUAAGCAAUAGGUCUUGUAUAUUCGGUGUAUGGAAGGACUGUAAGGUGUACAUGUCCAACUGGCAGGUGUCAUCUGACCUUGACCUCGUUUUCAUGGUUCAGUGGUUAUAGUUAAGUUUUUGUGUUUUGGUCUGUUUUUCUUAUACUGUUUGCCAUAGGUCUACUAUAUUUGGUGUAUGGAAUGAUUGUAAGGUGUACAUGUCUAGCGGGCAGGUGUCAUCUGACCUUGACCUCAUUUUCAUGGUUCAGUGGUCAAAGUUAAGUUUUUGAGUUUUGGUCUUUUUUUCUAAUACUAUAUGCAAUAGUUCAACUAUAUUUGGUAUGUGCGUACCUUGCAAGGUCCUCAUGCCCGUCAGACAGUUUUCACUUGACCUCGACCUCAUUUUAUGGAUCAGUGAACAAGGUUAAGUUUUGGUGGGCAAGUCCAUAUCUCAGAUACUAUAAGCAAUAGGUCUUGUAUAUUCGGUGUAUGGAAGGACUGUAAGGUGUACAUGUCCAACUGGCAGGUGUCAUCUGACCUUGACCUCGUUUUCAUGGUUCAGUGGUUAUAGUUAAGUUUUUGUGUUUUGGUCUGUUUUUCUUAUACUGUUUGCCAUAGGUCUACUAUAUUUGGUGUAUGGAAUGAUUGUAAGGUGUACAUGUCUAGCGGGCAGGUGUCAUCUGACCUUGACCUCAUUUUCAUGGUUCAGUGGUCAAAGUUAAGUUUUUGAGUUUUGGUCUUUUUUUCUAAUACUAUAUGCAAUAGUUCAACUAUAUUUGGUAUGUGCGUACCUUGCAAGGUCCUCAUGCCCGUCAGACAGUUUUCACUUGACCUCGACCUCAUUUUAUGGAUCAGUGAACAAGGUUAAGUUUUGGUGGGCAAGUCCAUAUCUCAGAUACUAUAAGCAAUAGGUCUAGUAUAUGCAGUGUAUGGAAGGACUGUAAGGUGUACAUGUCCAACUGGCAGGUGUCAUCUGACCUUGACCUCAUUUUCAUGGUUCAGUGGUUAUAGUUAAGUUUUUGUGUUUUGGUCUGGUUUUUUUUAUACUGUAUGCAAUAGGUCUAAUAUAUUUGGUGUAUGGAAUGAUUGUAAGGUGUUCAUGUCUAGCUGGCAGGUGUCAUCUGACCUUGACCUCAUUUUCAUGGUUCAGUGGUCAAAGUUAAGUUUUUUGAGUUUUGGUCUUUUUUUCUAAUACUAUAUGCAAUAGUUCAACUAUAUUUGGUGUAUGGAAAUAUUUUAUGAUCUAUUUGGCAGUCACGCAGGUUUUAUUUGACCUUGACCUCAUUUUCAAGGUUCAUUGCUCAGUGUUAAGUUUUUGUGUUUUGGUCUGUUUUUCUUAAACUAUAAGCAAUAGGUCAACUAUAUUUGUUGUAUGGAAGAAUUGUUAGCUGUACAUGCCUGCCUAGCAUGGUUCAUCUGACCUUGACCUCAUUUUCAUGGUUCAUUGGUCAAUGUUUAGUUUACUUGGUUAAUGUUAAGUUUAUGUGACAGUUGUAAUAAAGCUUUAUAUUUAGGACUAUCAACAUAAUAUCAAUGAUUAGUAAAGAAGGCGAGACAUUUCAGCGUGUGCACUCUUGUUUAUAUGAAAAAGUGCUGUACACCAAAAGUAUUAAAACUUAAAAAAGUGCUGUAUUUUUAUAAUAUUUAUUAUUUUUCAGUCGAAAUUUUUUCUGAGAUAUAGUCUGGAAUUUAUGUUGAAGAUUUAUUUACUGUUAAGAGUUAAAUGUUGGUUAACUGCUUUCAUUAUUGUAUUAUUAUACACCAUUUUCUGUGAAUAAAAUUCACCUGUUA